CUGUAAAGGUAGCACGUGUAGACUUGCGAUGCUACAAUUGAACUCAAAAGUUCGUUUACAAUAUGCUCAGUAAAUCUCUUCUCUGGAGUAAAGAUUAACACGAUUUAUACCCAACGUCCGUAGCAGAGUGUUUGUCAUCAACUAAAUUGAUUCAAAAAGAUCACCAUAGUGAUUUACAAUUCCAAACGGCUAAUUAUCUUAUCGUCAAUGCAAAUCGGAUUAGCUUCCAACCUGGUUGAAAGUUAGCCCCGCCGCCCAUUGAACUAGUGGCCACUAAUCGCAAAUGAGCUGUUCGUUAGCCACCUGCUAGCACCGGAAUUGUUGGGGAAGGGGGGAAAAUGAUAGGACACAAUCUGUUAGCGCCUGCCGUAAACUGAUUAGUCGGGCUUACCGUAACGAAACAUCGUCUCUUAUCAGGAUGCCGAUAUAUUAUCAUCGGUAAUUCACCCCUUCCAUUUGUUUGCUAUAAAAGCAACGGUGCUUAAUUGCAUAUCUUACAGUCACAGUUCCACUUCAAUUCGUCCAGAAAAUUAACAGCGAAAAUGUGUACUCGAGCCAUUGUAACGGGUUUUGUGACCAUUAUCAUUGCACUGGUUGCAGUUAAAGCGCAGUGGAAUUGUGCAGGGCCACCACCCUCGGCGAGUCCCAAAAUUUGCUGCCCCUGGAUGGAUGGUGGCACCACGUACAACGAUACCAUUUACGUCAUGUGUUGGGAGCGCUACUCGAUCUAUCCACUAAUCCCCGUCCCGGGUGGUGGAUAUGCCGGAGGACCGGCCGGAUGUGCUGCCGAAUGUUUGUUCAACUAUUUGGGAGUGCUGGAUAUAAAUCACCGUGGAACUUUAAUUAACAAGCCAGCCUUGGUCCGGCAUGUUCAAGAAAUCAGCGAUCCGGAACGCUACCCGUUCAUGUACGAAUCACUGAACUAUUGUGUCGACGAAGCCAAUCGAAGAUAUCAGAUUUUUGGAGAAAUUCAGCAACGGGAUCCCGUCAUUUCUGGCUUGGACAACUGCAAUCCCAUUUCCGGUUUCGCCAUGUCAUGCAUGCAUGCGUACUCUAUUCGGUUUUGCCCCGACUGGACGCCGAAUGACGAAGAGGGAUGCGAUGAUCUGCUUGAUUUCUACAACCAGUGUCCGCUGAACCCGUACUAGUUAGCUGAGUGUUUGUAGGGCCAUGGCGUAGGUCGAAUUAUUGGAUUCUUUGAAUAUUUUACUCGAAAUUCAAGUACUUCGGAAUCUAUUUUCUUAUUUUAAGAAAUAAGAAAGAGAUUUAUUCGCAACGAUUCAGGAAGCUGUAUAUAAAUUGAAUGCAAUCGAUAGAAAAAGCGAUUCACAAUAAAAUUGCGACAGAACUAGUAUAAAUCAGAUUCUUGCCUUCUAAUUUAAAUUUAACUAUAUUCAUAUUCAGGUAUGUUUGUGAGCGUAAUACAGUUUGUUCUUAGUUAAUUAUUACCAACCCAGAACUAAAAUCUCUUGAAUCUCUUGCAUUAAUUGUAAGUAACGAUUUUUUGCAUUUAAUGUUAGCCAGAGCCGUCUACACUAGCAGCAUUGUCAGCGAAUAUGCCGCGGUGAAUAAGAAGUUAAGUAUCAGUAAAACAAUCUAACCGAAACGUAAUCUAUAUUUCAGUGUACCUGAAACCCAUCUCUGUAUAUUGAAAAACAUUUUUAGGAACUGUGACCUUGUUUGAGAAUUGCUCAUUAUAGUGCAUAAUUAGUCCAAGUGCCAUCACGAAUUCUGGUUAUGUCCCAGACAUUAUCCACCAAUCUCUUUGAGUAUUCAAGUAAAACUAAGCUACGACUUAUUUAACGGAAACAGAUAUUUUUCCCUUAUCUGGGCUCAAUUGUGAUAUUCUGUCUUGUAUGAAGGUCUACCACAUUUACAUGCCCGGUCACAAAGUUGAAAUCGACAGCGCAGUCACUGAUUCGAGUUUGUCAUGCGUGGACUUACUGAAGCACGGGUUGUUUAAAACACCCCUUACUCCGAUGAGUAAAAAAUUUGAAUGACAAUUGCACUGGACGGGAAAAAAUGAUGUGUCCUCUCAAAAUUCGUGUCAGGUAACCUUUGGCUCGAGAGUCCACAUAGCCAUCCCCGCUUACAGAAAGCGUCCGACUAAUGUGAAUCAUUCGCUUAAAAAAUGCCCUUAGUAUUCUUUUACAGAAAUACUAAAAAAGCUACACCACUCACGACCACAAAUCAUUAUCACUUGACUAAACCCAGGCAACAAUUGUGGUUUUAAGGCACUCUUAAAGAGUCUUUUAAAACUUGUAGCAUGAUAUAAAACUUUAAAUGCUACUUGGGAGAAGCGUGACUCUGAUUAUCUCCACGUGUAGACAAAAUAGGAUUCCAAAUCUAAAUCCAAACCCAAAUCUAAACUUAAAUCCAAACCAGAAUCCAAACCCGAAUCCAUACCCGAAUCCAAACCCAAAUCCAAAUUCGAAUCCAAACUCGAAUCCAUACCCGAAUCCAUAUCCGAAUUCAAACCCGAAUCCAAACCCAAAUACAAACCCGUAUCCAAACUCAAACACAAACCCUAAUCCAAACCAAAACCCUAAUCCAAAUCCAAACCCAAAAAUCCAAGAAUCCAAAUAUCCAAAAAUCCAAAAAUCCAAAAAUUCUAAAAUCCAAAAAUUCAAAAUUCCAAAAAUCAAGAAAUCCAAAAAUCCAAAAAUCAUAAAAUUAUAAAAUCCAAGCAGCCAAAAAUUCAAAAAUCCGCAAAUCCCAAGAUCCAAAUAUUUGAAAAAUCGAAAUAUCAAAAUAUCGAAACAUCAAAAUAUCGAAAUAUCAAAAUAUCAAAAUAUCGAA